CAUGUUUUCUUUAAUCAAAACGUCCAAGUCAGUGAGAUGGUUUUGUGGAGGUGAUUUAUCAAUAAUAGGCCUAUCCGGUUCUUUACUAGUAAAAGUUGGUUGAAUUUUCUCUAUGGUUGUGAACAAUCCACGACCUGGAAGACACUGAAAGUACUGGAUACCGGCGCAAUAACCGUUACAUUUGUUAGAGGCUCGCUUCUCCUGGAAAGAAUGAAACAUUUAUAAGUAAAAUAAUAACAACAAUAAAAUUUCGAAUGUAUUAAUCACCAGGUGGAAAAAUUAUGAGUACCCCUAUAUGUGGGAUUAGAUACAACAUUAAUUACUUUGAAGAUAAAAUUAUUUACAGUUUAAGAUAGCAACUGUUAUUGACGCUUUUAUCGAAAUAAAUUCCAAUGAAUGAGAACAGUUCAAUUUAUUAUUGGUGGUAUUUGGGUGUAAAAAUGUAUUUUAAAAAACAUUAAGAAAACAAGUAAGAAACUCAGGAGAAAUUACCACAUAUUAUUGUUUUGAAAUUGGAACUUUUCCAAGUGAAGAUGACAUAUUUAUUUAUAUGGGCUCAUUUUUGUAUCUAUGUGUGAUGCCAUUUAACAAAUAUGUUAUCUACGUGGAGCUUUUCAAGUUUACGAAAAUUUUUCGUCAAAAAGUGAAGGAAAAUUAAGAAAAAUGGCCCCACAUCGAAGAAAUAUCGACGAUGUGUUGGCUCGUAUCAAUUUCCCGUUGUUUACAUUACAAAUGCUCACAAAUAGACAUGUUUUAGUUGGAGGUGGCGGAGGUUCUUCAAAAACAGGGGUCGCAAAUGGCUUUGAAAUAUUUGAAUUAUCACAUGAUGGCAAAAAGUUCCAUGUUGAAGAAGUAACUAGACAUGAAACAGGACCUAACGUAGUAAUGAACUGUUCAGUUUCAAGUUCGCCUGAUAAAAAACAUACUUAUUUAGUUGCUGGCCAAGAAAGCCACUGCCAAUUGUAUCAUGUUAAUACAGAUUUUGCCGCUCAACUAAAUGGAAGUGUAGAAACGAUAGGUAACAAUCAUGAAGAUACUGGAGAGUUUAGGCAAAGAAAAAACAAGACUAAUAAUAACAAAAACACGAAAAAAAGGCUAAAGUUUGUCCUCAGUCCUGGCGAUAGUGUUCAAACUGAUUUUAAUGGUACUGAACCUUUAUGCAGGGUUGUAAGGCUGCAUCCAAAUGGAAAACUUAUGGCGAGUGGUGGAACAGAUGGUGAUAUUCGUAUGUGGAAAUUCCCUGGCCUCGAACCAUUAGCAAAACUAAAGGCCCACACUAAAGAAAUAGACGAUAUAGACUUUAGUUCUUUUGGCAACCUUCUCAUCACAAUAGCUAAAGAUGGCCUGGCAGUUUUGUGGGAUUGUGUUAAAGGUACUGAAAUUAAAAGGCUCAAGUGGGAGCAGCCUCAAGGAUCAAAGUAUUUAUACAAAAGAUGCAGAUUUGGAUCAAUUGAAGGCCAACAAAAAUCGGCUUUGUAUAUGUUAGCUAAUCCCACAGGAGUGGCUAAAAGGCAGAAAUCCUAUCUGCAACAAUGGUAUCCAGAGGAAGGUAUUCUAAAAAGAGUAACAGAAUUUGAUGAAAGUUUAUCUGCCUUGGCAGUCAGAGAUGAUGGUAGAUUCAUAGCUGUAGGUACAAUGUUUAGCGGAUCUGUAUCUAUACAUGUAGCAUUUAGUUUGCAGCGCGUUUUAAAUGUAGCGGGUGCACAUUCCAUGUUUGUAACAGGCCUAGAAUUUCUCCCAGUGUCCAAUCCAGAAAACCACACAGUGUGUAGUGUGGCAGAAGCGGCUGUACUCUCAAUAUCAGUAGAUAAUCAAGUUUGUAUACACACCUUGCCCUACAGAAAAUCUAUUCCCCUAUGGUUGGCUAUAGUAAUUUUAAUAUUUGCCAUGUUCUUGACAUUUGUAUUUUGCUCAUAUAUAGGUUUGUAGGUGUAUUAUGUAGAUUGUUAUUUAUUUUUAGGUACGUGUAUUAGGAUAAUAUUAUAGCGAAAAAAAAUUUUGUAUGAAAUAAUAUAUCAAAUAAUCUCUAUUCCAACCGAUAUGAGAACCGUUCUAGAACGAUAAUUUCCAGUCAAUCAAUUCAUGUAUCAAGUAGGAUAAACGUUCAACUUAUUGAAAAACAGGUGGGCAAGUGGAAAUUUCUAGUUCUGGAACGGUUCUCAUUUCGGUUGGAACAGAGCUAAAAUAAUAAGCAGUCCUUUUUUUUUCUAGUUUCGUAUAUUGAAUUUUGCUAUAGUUGUAUUUGCUUUUAACAUUGGAAAUGGCGUAUAUGGGGAUCAAAUUCGAAGUUUUUAUUGGUUGAAAAUAGUCAGAAAACUGGUUGUUGCCGAUUUACACCAAUCAAAAAUGCUCUGACUUGUUUGUCUUUUCUCCGUGAGAACCGUUAUCCGCGUGUGGCUGAAUGCGAAAUCUUUGAAUAAAUUAUUAUCAAAUAAAAAAUACCAAAGGAUUACAGAAGAGAUUUUGAUCAUGCACCGAAGUUUCUGCAGAUGCAGUUAUGCAAAAAGAAAUUGAUAUAAAAACUGGUGAUUUCCUUGUACCCAUCCGGAAAUUCUGGGAUUUCCUGUAGACCUUCUAAUUACUUAGGCCUGAUGCUGGAAUAUGUGCCGUUUUUUUUUGGGCCCAUGUGCAUGGGGUGCCUGUUGCCACCCUAAUCUAAUGGCGAAAAAUCCAUUGGCCUUUCCGGCACGUGAGAGUCAAGGAUAAUACACACUACUACUACAGGAUAGCCUAUCCUCAUAAGGCCUGUGCGGAACAAAUCUGAAGCCCCCCACCACGCCAAAUCACCGGUUGUGGCGUAGGCCGCAUGUCCUUUCUUGCCGACGUAGGCUGUUUGCACUACAGGUUAUGAUUUCGCGGGCUUUUGCUUUAUAAAUAGGGAGUGACUACUGUCUAGACAGUGGUGACACAAAACUAUCUGCACUGACCCAGGGGCCUUAUUCUGUAAGGAACGAAGCGUUCGAUUCGGUAGAAUUUUUUCGAUUGUGACGUCAUUUUAGGUUUGGUAGCGCGAAAACGAGCGAAAACUAAACCGAAAAUGACGUCACAAUCGAAGAAAUUCUACCGAAUCGAGCGGUUGUUCCUUACAGAAUAAGGCCCCAGACAGUGCCGACUAAAAUCUAUCAGCACUGUCUAGAUGGUGCCGACUGAAAUCUAUCUGCACCGUCCAGACACUGCCCACUAGAAAUCAUCUGCACUGUCCAGAUAAUUUCAUUACCAUAUAAAGUUAUUUGCUGGGAUUUAGUGUAUUGAUAGUUAUUUUUGUAGUAAGUGCGCAAAAUGAGUGUUUUUUAAUGGAACUGAGAGUGUCAGUUUUCACAGAUCAGGACGAGGCCAAAAAUUCAUUCGAAGGUGCCCAUAAACACAAAUGCCACAUACGAAAUACUUUUCCGCACGCAUUUCCGUGCUCAAAGUUUUAGUUUUCCUCUCUCCGUGAAAACAAGGAAUGCAAGCCAUUUUGAAUAUAAAUAUUAACUUGCUUGAUGAAUGAAUGAAAUCAUCUGGACAGUGCAGAUGGGUUUUACUCUGCAAUGUCUGGAUAGUGCAGAUAGAUUUCAGUCGGCACUCUUUAGAGACUAUGCUGACUAUGACAUUUUGGGUGUGUCGGACUUCCCCAAUUUCCCAUUAUUUUUGUCGACAAGUUGAUUUCCGUGAUUUAGACAUAAAAAUCAAACAUUAAUCGUGAAAUUAGAUUUACAUGUAUCGUGCCAUUUCCGAGAAAAGUCGUAGAGGAAAAAGUUG